UGCAACCCAUGAAGGGAGGGUGAGACACGUCAGCUACCAGGAACUGGGUGAAACCAAACCAGCCUAGUCUUCAGGAGCACACGUCCCCACUGCUUGCCAGCUUCUCUUUCUUGAGCUCAGAAGAUCCAGGAGUCUGGUUCACUAGCCUCUUCAUCGCCCAGGACCUGGAAACCCAGAGCUGGCCCCCAUGGAACCCUGUCGGUCCCUGGCCCUGCUCAUUGGCUCCCUGGGCCUGACAUCUGUCCUGGUUGCUCUGAGCACGGAUUACUGGUUCGUGGCCAUGGGGCCCAAGGCUUCAGCUCACUCGGGGCUCUGGCCAAAGGCGGAUCAGGACGCAGUAGCAGGCUACAUCCACGUGACGCAGGCCUUCAGCAUUCUGGCUGCCCUGGGGGGCUUGGUGUCUGUGAGCUUCCUGGUCCUGUCCUACAUCCCCUCACUGUCUGCCCCGGGCCGCGGGCCCCUUGUCUCCUCUGUCACAGCCUUUGCUGCAGGCCUCUUCGCAACGGUGGCCCUGGUGGUCUACACCAGCGAGCGGUGGAGCCAGCCUCCACAUCCCCAGAUCCAGACCUUCUUCUCCUGGUCCUUCUACCUGGGCUGGGCUUCAGCUCUCCUCUGGUUCUGCGCAGCUGGCCUGAGCCUGGGUGCUCACUGCCGUGCCCCCCUGCCCAGCUAUGAAGCCAUGUGAGCCGAGGGCGAGAACAGCAGGACGAGUUUGGAGCACCGUUCU